AUGGUGGAGGCUAGCCUGAGGUGCUGGCUGCUCUGUGUCCUGCUGCUGUACUUGGCCCAGGCGCAGGUGUACACGCCCAUCCACCAGGCUGGCUACUGCGCCUCCUAUGAUGAGUGCGGGAAGAACCCUGAGCUGUCUGGGAGUUUGGCACAGCUGUCCAACAUCUCCUGCCUGUCCAACACGCCUGCCCGCCACAUCACGGGCCAGCACCUGGACCUCCUGCAGCGUGUCUGCCCCCGCCUCUACACUGGCCUCAACACCACCUAUGCCUGCUGCUCCUCCAAGCAGCUGGAGGCCCUGGAGCUAAGCCUGGCUAUCACCAAGGCUCUCCUCACACGCUGCCCCGCCUGCUCUGACAACUUCGUCAGCCUGCAUUGUCAAAACACCUGCAGCCCUAACCAGAGCCUCUUUAUCAACGUGACGCGUGUCUCCCAGGUGGCCGCUGGGCAGCCCCCAACAGUGCUGGCCUACCAGGCCUUCUACCAGCGCAGCUUCGCUGAGCGUGCCUACGACUCCUGCAGCAAUGUGCGCAUCCCCGCGGCCGCCUCACUGGCCGUCGGCACCAUGUGUGGCGUGUACGGCUCUGCUCUGUGCAACGCCCAGCGCUGGCUCAACUUCCAGGGAGACACCAGCAACGGCCUGGCUCCGCUGGAGAUCAACUUCUACCUCCUGGACUCCAGCCAGGUCCCCGGGGACGGGAUACAGCUUCUGAACUCGGAGAUCAUGGGCUGCAACGAGUCUCAGGGGAUUGACAGCCCGGCCUGCUCGUGCCAGGACUGUGCCUCAGCCUGCCCUGUCAUCGCGCACCCCCAGCCCCUGGAUGCCACCUUCCUCCAGGGCCGGAUGGUGGGGGCCCUUGCCCUUGUGACCAUCCUCUGCUCCGUCUUUGUUGUCUUCGUCACCUUCCUUGUGCAACCCCGCCUGGCCCACUGCAGGGACAAGGGCAAGGCGGAGGGCCCUGGUGUGCACACGGGCUUCUUCGAAAGGCUCAGCUUCACCACUCACAAGCUCCUGCGCCACUUCUUCCAGGCCUGGGGUACAUGGGUGGCCUCAUGGCCACUGACCGUCCUGGGGUUGUCCAUUGCAGUGGUGCUGGGUUUGGCGGGGGGCCUGGCCUCCGUGGAACUUACCACAGACCCCGUGGAGCUGUGGUCAGCUCCUAACAGCCAGGCUCGACGGGAGAAGGAGUUCCAUGAUGAGCAUUUUGGGCCUUUCUUUCGCACCAACCAGGCAAUCCUGGCUGCACCUGGCCGGGACAGCUAUGUCUAUGACUCCCUGCUGCUGGGGCCCAAGAACUUCAGUGGGGUCCUGUCGCCGGACCUCCUGCUGGAGCUACUGGAGCUGCAGGAGAGGCUGCGGCAGCUGCAGGUGUGGUCGCCCGAGGAGCAGCGCAACAUCUCGCUUCGCGACAUCUGCUAUGCCCCACUCAGCCCACACAAUGCCAGCCUCUCAGACUGCUGCGUCAACAGCCUGCUGCAGUACUUCCAGAACAACCGCUCGCGCCUGCUGCUCACUGCCAACCAGACCCUCAUGGGGCAGUCCUCCCAGGUUGACUGGAGGGACCACUUUCUCUACUGUGUCAACGCCCCCCUCACCUUCAAAGAUGGCACGGCCCUGGGCCUGAGCUGCAUGGCUGACUACGGGGCUCCCGUCUUCCCUUUCCUCGCUGUGGGGGGAUACAAAGGGAAGGACUAUUCUGAGGCAGAGGCCCUGAUCAUGACCUUCUCCCUCAACAACUACCCUUCUGGGGACCCCCGGCUGGCCCAGGUUAAGCUCUGGGAGUCGGGCUUCCUGAAGGAGAUGCAAGCCUUCCAGCGGCGGACAGCCGGCACCUUCCAGGUCACCUUCAUGGCAGAGCGCUCCCUGGAAGAUGAGAUCAACCGCACCACAGGGGAAGACUUGCCCAUCUUCGCCACCAGCUACAUCGUCAUCUUCCUGUACAUAGCCCUGGCCCUGGGCAGCUACUCCAGCAGGGGCCGAGUGCUGGUGGACUCCAAGGUCACACUGGGCUUGGGCGGGGUGGCAGUGGUGCUGGGAGCAGUCAUGGCUGCCAUGGGCUUCUUCUCCUACCUGGGAUUCCCCUCCUCUCUGGUCAUCCUACAAGUCGUGCCUUUCCUGGUGCUCGCUGUGGGCACUGACAACAUCUUCAUCUUCGUUCUUGAGUACCAGAGGCUGCCAAGGAAGCCCGGGGAGCGGCGGGAGGAGCACAUUGGCUGCACCCUAGGCCACGUGGGCCCCAGCAUGCUGCUGUGCAGCCUCUCUGAGGCCACCUGCUUCUUCUUAGGGAUGCUGACCCCCAUGCCAGCUGUACGUACCUUCGCCAUGACCUCUGGCUUAGCGGUGGUGCUCGACUUCCUGCUGCAGAUGACGGCCUUUGUGGCCCUGCUUUCCCUGGACAGCAAGAGGCAGGAGGCUUCCCGCCUUGAUGUCUGCUGCUGCCACAGGGCCGAGCAGGCACCCCCGCCCAGCCCCAGGGAGGGGCUCCUGCUCCGCUUCUUCCGCCAGGUCUACGUGCCAGUCCUGCUGCACCAAGUCACCCGCGUGGUCGUGCUGGUGCUGUUCCUUGCCCUGUUUGGAGUGGGGCUCUACUACAUGUUCCACAUCACUGUGGGCCUCAACCAGGAACUGGCCCUGCCCAAGGACUCAUACCUGCUCGACUACUUCCUCUUUCUGAACCGCUACUUUGAGGUGGGGGUCCCUGUCUACUUUGUCACCACCACGGGCUAUAACUUCUCCAGCAUGGCUGGCAUGAAUGGCAUCUGCUCCAGUGCCGGCUGUGACAACUACUCUUUAACCCAGAAGAUCCAGUACGCCACAGAGUUCCCUGAAGAGUCUUACUUGGCCAUACCAGCCUCCUCCUGGGUGGACGACUUCAUUGACUGGCUCACCCCAUCCUCUUGCUGCCGCCUCUACGCCUUUGGCCCCAAUAAGGAUGAAUUCUGUCCCUCGACCACCAGUUCCUUGAGUUGCUCUAAAAGCUGCAUAAGCUUCACUCUGGGCCCUGUCCGGCCCUCGGUGGAAGAGUUCCACAAGUACCUCCCGCGGUUCCUGAGCGACCCGCCCAACAUCAACUGUCCCAAAGGGGGCCUGGCGGCUUACAGCACUUCUGUGAACAUAAGCCUAGACGGUGAGAUUUUGGCCUCUCGGUUCAUGGCCUACCACACGACCCUGAAGAACUCACAGGACUACACGGAAGCCCUGCGGGCAGCUCGAGCCCUAGCAGCCAACAUCACUGCCAGCCUGCGGAAGGUCCCCGGAACAGACCCGGCCUUUGAGGUCUUCCCCUACACGGUCACCAACGUGUUUUAUGAGCAGUAUCUGACUAUUAUCCCUGAGGGGCUCUUCAUGCUGAGCCUCUGCCUCGUGCCGACUUUUGUCGUCUGCUGCCUCCUACUGGGCAUGGACCUCCGCUCUGGCAUCCUCAACCUCUUCUCCAUCGUCAUGAUCCUUGUGGACACUGUUGGCUUCAUGGCACUGUGGGGCAUCAGCUAUAAUGCUGUGUCCCUCAUCAACCUGGUCACGGCGGUAGGCAUCUCAGUGGAGUUCGUGUCCCACAUCACCCGCUCCUUUGCCAUCAGCAUCAAGCCCACCCGACUGGAGAGGGCCAAGGAGGCCACCAUCAUCAUGGGCAGUGCAGUCUUCUCUGGGGUGGCCAUGACUAACCUGCCCGGCAUCCUGGUCCUGGGCCUUGCCAAGGCCCAGCUCAUCCAGAUCUUCUUCUUCCGCCUCAACCUGCUUAUCACCCUCCUGGGCCUGCUGCACGGCUUAGUUUUCCUGCCCGUGGUCCUCAGUUACCUGGGGCCCGAUGUCAACCGUGCUCUGGUGCUGGAGCAGAAGCAGGCAGAGGUGGCGGCUAUGGCCAAGGAGGCCAUAGUCAAGGAAAACUCCUACUCAACGCAUCCUUCCCUGACCCACACGACCAGCAACGUCCACGUCAACGAGAGCUUUGAACAUGAUGUCAAGGAUGCCAGUGACGUGGACAGUUCUCUGCCCAACAGUCAGCAGGUGCUCUGA